AUGAGAAUACAGUAUGCUGAUUAUUUGCUGAUAUGCUCUACGUUUUACUUGUUUGGCAGAUUGGGGACCGAAGAUUCACUUGCGGAGUGGCUUGAAGCUGGUGAACAGCCUGUCCAUAUUGGAUUUGAUAGCCUUCCUCUUGAAGAACCAGAGAACAUGACCAAUAUUAUUCUUCAAGCUCUGGAAAUAACUGGACAGAGAGGCGUCAUCAACCGAGGCUGGGGUGGCCUUGCCUUCAUAUAUUUCUCUUCUCAGUGGCAUAACCAAGUGCAUCAUGGGGUUGCUGGGACAACUGCUGCUGGUCUGAAAGCUGCGUGUCCAACCACAAUUGUACCAUUCUUUGGGGACCAGCCAUUUUGGGGGCAGAGGGUGCAUGCCAUAGGAGUUAAAGAGCGUGCUGUUGAAAUUGCCAAGGCCAUGGAUGGCAAAGAUGGGGUGACAGGAGCAGUGAAUGCCUUUCAUAGGCACUUUCCUCACAAUAAAUCUGAGGAUAAACCUGAGUCAUUGCCGGCUAGAAGAGGUUUAUUUUCCAUCAGGAGGUGUUUUGGCUACUCCUCCUACACAUGA